AUGUCGCCCUACGAUAUGCUGCGCUCCAUACUCGGACAGUCGCGGACCGAUGACGAGAUCGAGGCCGCUCUUGCCGUGCACGGCUAUGACCUGAGCGCCGCCAUCGUGGCCAUUAUGGAGAGCCAGGCGCAAGACGGCUCCUUCCCGAGCCUGCAGGCAGAGGAGACCAAGUCCAUCGUCAUUGGCAAGUCCAUGGCCACCGAGGCACGGCCCGCAACCCCGGCCGGCCAGCAAAGGUCGGGCGUCAUUUGCAAGUUCUACAUGUCCACAGGCCAGUGCCUGCGGUCCGAUUGCCGGUUCAGCCACGACCUCAGCAAUCAUCUGUGCAAGUACUGGGUCAUGGGCAACUGCCUCGCAGGGGACACGUGCAUCUUCUCCCACGAUCCGGCCUAUCUCAUGAACAAGCUCGCGCUCGAUGGCGCCAGCACGCCCCCCACUAAGCAGGCCACCAUACAAGUAUCAGACUACAACUCGUUCCCGCUGCUCCAGCCAGGGACACCCGAACACGGCGUCGGCCAGACCAACGGCGGCUACCCAUUCGUCGGCAUCACGCCACCCCCUGGUCUCAAGCCGUUCCAGGCGGGGGAGAGCCCAAGGUCCCGGUCUCGUCCCGGCAGCCGGCAGCAGCAACCCCGCGAGGCGGUCGUCAUUGCGCCCUCCCUCGAUGAUGCCGAUGCCUUCCCGUCCCUUGGCUCGGCCGCGGCCAAGCAGCCGAAGAAGCACCACGGCAAAAGGGGCGGGCACAACCACAAGGAAAACUUUGUGGCGCCUAGUUCGCUGGCGGAAAUUGUCAAAAUGUCGCCCUCGCCGGCGCCGGCGGUGUUGCGGCAGGACCUGAAGAAGAUUGGGCGCAACGGCAGCUCGACCAACAUCCGCAACGGGGAGAACAGCCUGGCAGCACAGGCGAUCCAGAGCCCGAAGCAUAUCCCCUGGCUGGAGACGGGCGAGCGGGCCAACAAGUUGUAUUUGAAGGCGCGCCAGGAGGCUAUCAAGCACGGCGGCCUCAGGAACAAAUUCCUGCAGAGCGCUGCGCAGGCAUGGAACCGGAACGACGCGCGGGCCGCCAAGGCGCUGAGCCUGCGGGGCCAAAGUGAGAACGAUCUCAUGCGGAAAGCGCAUCGCGAGGCGGCGCGGGAGCUGUACGAAGAGCGCAACCGGGCCAACUCGACGAGUGCCGAGAUGUACGUGGACCUGCACGGGCUGCACCCCGAGGAGGCAGUCGAGUACCUGGAGCGGGUGUUGGCGGAGAACAGCAAGGAGGGGCGCCCCAUAUACGCCAUCACGGGGACGGGCCACCACAGCAAGAGCGGCAAGGACAAGGUGGGCAAGGCGAUCCGCAACUUCCUCAACGAGUGGCGGUACGCAUACCGGGAGUUCUCGGUGCCGGGGGACCGGAACAACAUGGGCGGGAUCCUGGGCAUCGACGCGACGAGCUACGACAAGAGCCUCGCCAGGUCGGGCGCGGCGAGCCCGUCCGGGAGCAGCAGCAAAGAGGAGGUCGACAUUCUGAGUCAGGGCGUCGAGAUUGGGGAUGGCAAGGUGAGGCUGCUCGUUCGAGACCCUCCCAAGGGGCCGAGCGCAAGACGGUCAUGA